GGGCGCUUUAAUACUGACACUAAUCCAAUCGAUGUACCACUAGGUCAACAGAGUGGCACUCAGGUCUUCUCCCCAGGCCUUGUAUAUGUCUUUAGUCUUAGGAAAUAUUAUAUCAUUUAGCAUUGAAGACUAUUUUUCAGAAUAGCUUGAAUUGCAUAGGAGCUUGAAAUGCAGGAGGAGCAUUCAUAAAACAUUUUCCUAAUAAUUUGAAUGUUAUUGUUGUUGCCUUUACAUUCCUUUCUAUUGUUCUGCUCAUGCAGGUCUUGGAGUUGAAGUAACAGUAAUCUCUUGAGAGUCAUUCUGUUUAGCUGCCUUGUUCCAGUUGUCUGCCGGUUAUGCCGGUGGUGUUGUCGCUGGAGGAAAGGAUUAGCCAGGCCUUAGGGCUUAGUGUAAAUAGCCCUCUCUCCAUGUUGGAGAGAUCAUUCCCACAAAUCCCAAGCGGGAGAAUUCCUGAGGAAAAUAAACACCUUAAAUCACCACAUUAACUGUUUUUGGCUUGUGAUCUGGUGACCUCAACAAGGGAUUUUCAAACUCAUUUUUCAAUCUGUUCUCUUUGGAUGAUAAUCUAAUGUUCUUAGAGCCGGUUUCACCACACUUCACAGAGACUGAAAAACAAGCCAUGUGCCAGGAUGAAGAGUUGACGAGUGAGGUUGCCCUCUCGCAGUGACGCUACGAUCGGGCACUAUGAGGCUGGCCGCACUGCUUCUCUUGCUGUUGGGCUCUUCAUAUGGAGUGGUCACCCAGGUGUCCCUUCUUGAUGCAGGAGCAGAGGAGGAAGCAGAACAAGGCAGUGGUGUAGAGCCAGAGGUUGUGGCCGAUACCUACUGGUCAGGCACUGCUCCGGUGUGUGUGGGAGGAUGUAAGGGAAGACAUCGCGAGCUGAAGAGGGAUCCCUGUGGCAACUCCGACUGCUGCUGGUUUGGAUACAAAUCUUUCUGCCGAGUAAACUGUGGUCAGCCUGAUGUGGACGUGAAUGGCUUUGUCUAUGGGAAUGACUGGUGGGUGGACUCUGUGGUGCGGUACGUCUGCCGACCUGGCUUCAUGCUCAUCGGUGACCCUGCACGGGCCUGCCAGUCAAACGGGAAGUGGACGGCCAAACCCUCCUGCCUCAGGGUUUGUAGGCGCGGGCGGGUGGAGGUGAGUGAGCGGGAGCUGGACGGGACCUGCACCUCCUCCUGCGCCACCAAGUCCUACGAGGGCGAGCCCAAGCGAGGCUGCAGCCGCAUCACCGACUGCCAGAAGAAGGAGUCGGGCUGGAAGCGCUGGUUCACCGGCUGUGACACCUGCCAGUGCGACUGCUUCAUCUCCUGUGCAACAGUGGGGUAGAGGAUGGAUCAUUGUCACCACCUUAAAAACCACAUAGAUUGACUCGGUUUACAAGCAAUACAGACUAUAAAAUGGACAAAGACUGGCUUGACUACUGCAUUUUAUUCAACAUGAUGCACUGGGAUAUAUCUCCAGCAUGAAUCAAGACUCUUGACUGGAUGUUAACACAUGAGAAGCUUCUUUGCAUUCUACUCUUUGGGUCAUGGGAUUUGUGUAAUGGAUCCGAUGGUGUAACUGGACAAUCUAGAACUCUUCCCCCAUGGGAUCUACAUGGACUGACUCAUUCAUUUUUAGAUUGGAGGAAUUUCUCUUAUGCUAUAUGGUACACCACAGGCAUGAUCAUCAAGGAGCAGGAAACCUUAGAAAUCCCGGGACGUCUGUGAGAUUGUGAGUUCUCAAUUUGCUCAGAGUUUCUGUGUGGAUUAAAGACAGCUAAUCUGAAACUUUAAUCU